AUGAUCGUCAACAGCAUACCCAUCAACCAAUUCUCUUUCAUGAAACUUAUAGACAGCUCUGUAUCUUCAUAUGGGUUUGCUUCCUCUGCCCAUCUCUUCACACAGUUCCAUGAUUUUAUUGAUUCUGAGUUCUGUAAUUCUCUCGUAAGGACUUAUACACACUUGAAUAAGCAUAUACAUUCAGUUUUUGUGUAUACCCAGAUGCGUAAAGCUGAGAUUUUUCCUGAUUUUUCUACUUUUCCGGCUGUUCUGAAGUCGGUUGCUCAGUUGGGCCGUGGAGACAUUGGAAAAUCAAUACAUUGUUGUGUAGUUAAAAUGGGUUUUUUCUCAGAUAUCAUUACAAACACUGCUGUUGUUCAUAUGUACUGCACUUGUUUACUUCCUAGUGAGGGUCGUCAGUUGUUUGAUGAAAUGCCUGAGAGAAAUGCAGUUUCGUGGAAUGCAUUGAUAACGGGUUAUACCCAUAACAGGAAAUUCAGAGAAGCGAUUGAUGUGUACCGAGAGAUGCAAGCUGCUGGGGCCGAGCCCGGAGAGGUCACCAUGGUUGGGGUUCUAUCAGCCUGUGCCCAUUUGGGUGCAUUAAAUCAAGGAAAGUGGAUUCAUGAUUAUAUUUGUCAUAAUAGAUUGAGAUUGAAUGUGUUUGUCGGUACUGCUCUUUUAGAUAUGUAUGCUAAAUGCGGGGUUGUUGAUGAGGCAGAGAAAGUUUUCGGUGCUAUGAGAGUGAAGAAUGUCUAUACAUGGAAUGUUUUAAUUUCUGGGUAUGCCAUGAAUGGACAAGGUGAAGCUGCUCUACAGGCCUUCAAUAGGAUGAUAAUGGAGAAUUUUAGGCCUGAUGAGAUUACCUUUUUGGGUAUUUUGUGUGCUUGUUGUCACCAAGGCCUUGUUGACAUAGGUAAGAGGCAUUUCAUAAGUAUGAAAGAAGAGUACGCGUUGCAGCCAAGGAUUGAGCAUUACGGAUGCAUGGUUGAUCUACUUGGUCGAGCAGGGCUCUUGGAUGAAGCUCAGGAGCUAAUCGGCACCAUGAACAGGAAACCAGACCCCAUCAUUUGGAGGGCUUUGUUGGGUGCGUGUCGAAUCCAUGGACAGACCCAAUUGGGUGAGUUUGCAAUCAAAAACCUUCUUGAACUAGAGCCAAAAAAUGGGGAGAAUUACGUGUUGCUAUCAAAUCUAUAUGCUCGAGAUCGUAAGUGGAUUGAAGUUGGAAAAGUGCGGGAAAUGAUGAAUCGCAUAGGCAUUCGAAAGGUCCCUGGUUGCAGUUCAAUUGAGAUUGAAAAUGUGGUUUAUGAGUUUGUGGUAUCAGAUCUUAUGGAACCAAGAUAUGAGGAGCUCUAUAAGUCAUUGGCUGAUAUGAAAAUGGAAUUGAAAGUAGUUGGUUAUGCUGUAUAUACUGACAUGGUUUCUUAUGAUAUUGAGGAAGAAGAGAAGGAACAUACUUUGAUAUAUCAUAGUGAGAAGCUUGCAUUGGCAUUUGGGCUUUUAAAAUCAUCAGCCGAUAUGACUUUAAGGAUAAUGAAUAAUCUGAGGAUUUGUCAGGACUGCCACCAGUUUUUUAAGCUUGUUUCAAUGUUGUAUAGAAGGGAAAUUACCGUUAGAGAUAGAAACCGGUUCCACCAUUUCCGUGGUGGUGUUUGUUCUUGCAAAGAUUAUUGGUGA